AACGGAAUAUGGGGAAGAAGAGGAACGCCCCGCUGAACAAGGUGUUCGCUUGGGUCCGGCGGCAAUCGACGAAGGUGAAGACCGCCAUGGCCGCGGCGGCCGUGCUCUUCUCUCUGGUGGCUCUCAAGCUCCUCAUUCACGACCACAAUCACUUCUUCGUUGCCUCCGAGGCCAUCCACUUUACAGGAAUUCUGGUCUUGAUUUACAAGCUCAGCACUCAGAAAACCUGCUCUGGCCUUUCACUGAGAAGUCAAGAACUUACUGCGAUAUUUCUGGCGGCGAGAUUGAUGUGUAGUUUGUUCAUGGAGGGAGACAUUCACACUUUUCUCGACUUUGUGACGCUCGUGUCAACUUUGUGGGUCAUAUACAUGAUGCGAAUCAAGUUGAGGUCGACUUAUGUUGAAGAGUUGGACAAUCUGCCGUUGCACUAUGUGGCCGCACCAUGUGUGAUUUUAGCGUUGCUCAUCCACCCUUACACUCAUCACAUGCGUAUUGGCCGAAUGCUUUGGGCCUUUGGCGUGUACUUAGAAUCUGUUUCCGUAUUGCCCCAACUUCGGAUGAUGCAAAACACAAAGAUGAUCGAACCAUUUACAGCCCAUUAUGUGUUUGCACUAGGUGUUGCAAGAUUCCUCGGAUGUGCUCAUUGGAUCAUUCGGGUAUAUGAGUCGGGGGGAAGUUACUUGUUCUUGGUCGGGACAGGUUACUUUUGGCUCCCGACGGUCCUCAUUGCGGAAAUUGUCCAGACAUUCAUCCUGGCUGACUUCUGCUACUAUUAUGUCAAGAGUGUAAUGAAUGGACAGCUUAUAAUGAGCCUUCCUUUGCCUGUUUGAAGAUGAAGAUGAAGAUGAAGAACAAGCAAAAGGUUUAGGGUGAUUCUACACCUACACAAACUCUCAAAUUUCACCCACUGUUUGUUAUGUACAUUUGUUUUGUCUAAUCAUGUUUCUGUAUUUGUGGAUUUUCUGGUUUCUUGAUUUUAGCUUUUACACUUC